AGCAUGUGGGAGAUUAGAUCAUCUAAGGUGGCACGCAAAACGGUCCGUUCUUUUGAGUAACAUUCUGUCAAUCGGGACAGAAACCUUGCAAGCAAACACUGCUAGACAAACUGGACCAAAUUGUACAUUUAUGGCUUAACAGGUUACAAAUACUGAUUUAACGAAAUUACAAGGCGAUCAAGGAAAAAUGUGUUGCUUUUUGCCGUGAUACAUGGCAUUCGUGUCGUGUUCUCGCCUCGCGUAAUCAAAAGGCUGCUGUUGUGACGAGAUAAAAUAGAGAAAAAUAGAAAGUCCAUUUGAUCGAGGCGUGAAGAUUUGAGAAUGCAGUGCAUUGGGGUAUUUUGGAACCGAAAAGUUCAAGCUCGUGAUUCUGCAUGGGCUUGGGUAACAUUGGCAUCAUCAACGUUGAUAUGUUUCAGCUCAUUUGGCGUUCUCUACAAUUUCGGCAUCAUCUAUAAUUACCUUUUAACAGAGUUCAAAGAAACUAAAGAGAAAACAGCAUGGGUGAGCUCCAUUCCAGUGUUUCUGCAAUUCAUACUUGCAUGGCUAGCGGGCUGGAUUAUCAAGAGAUAUGGCUUACGAGCAAGCACCAUAGCUGCGGCAUUCCCACUUGGCGCCUCCUUGUUUGUGACAUCAUAUGCGACAAACCUCGAUGAAAUGUUCAUCACCUUUAGUGUCCCAUUUGGAUUGGCUUGCUGCGUUAUGUUGAUGGCUGGAAACGUUGCAGUAUCGACAUACUUUGACAAACGAAUGUCAGUUGCCUUCGGCAUUUUGACUGGUGGAGCAGGAUUGGCGCAGGUUGCCUUGACAUACCUAGUCAUAAUGUUGCUGGACAAUUUUGGGCUGAACACAACACUUCGAAUACUUGGGACAAUACUGUUCUUUACAUGUCUUAUUUCUUCAUUGGCAUAUUUUCCUACAAAUUACGAAACAAGGACAGUGAGCGUAACUAAAGACAAAGGACUCGAUACAUAUUAUCGUGCACUGAAAAACAAGCAUUUCUUGAUCUUUCUGGUGGCUAAUGUUAUAGCUGGAUUCUCGCUCAGUGUUUCGAGUGUGCAUCAGGUACAGUUUGCGAUGGAAUUAGGUGUCCCGAACGAAGUAUCAAAGCAGUUUCCAGUUUUUAGUACCAUUGGCAACGCCUUUGGCCGUCUGUCAUGUGGUUGUGUACUGGAUAUUUUCGUGCAGAAUAAAUUCAAAUACUACCAACUGGCAUUACUUGCUGCUGGCUUGGUUUCAUGUGUCAGUUCAUUUUUGACAAGUCAAACACAGUUAAUAGCAUACAUAUGGCUGUAUUCGUUUCUAGACGGACAGGUUCAAGCUUCAGUCCCCAUUGCACUCCGUUAUAUAGUCGGCCUAGAUGUGUUUCCAGAGGCAUAUUCUUUGGUAAUCAGCGCCAUUGCAGCUCCUGCUUUACUCGGACCCCCACUCUUAGGCUUUAUAGUUGAUAAAACUAAAGACUACAGGGCAUUCUUUUUUGUUGCUGGAACUCCUCUGCUGCUGGCCUGCUUGUCCCUUAUGGCAAUAAGGUGUUUCAAGAAAGCUGACAGUGACGUAAACGAAGAGACUGAAAAGUGGAUAAAUUCUGAAAAAGAAGUGGAUGUGACAAAUUUUGAAAAUGACAAAGAGUUAAAAAGUCAGUUACUGUUAGAAACUCCUGUCUAAAAUACAAAAUAUGCCAUUUUUCGUCUCUUUGCCUCAAGACCUAUGCCUGUAUGAAGAAUUCUGUUAUGCUGAUGUCUACAGUGGUGGCAUUAGGACGUAUAAGAGGAAGGGCGUGGGGAAGCGGAAUAAAAUGUUUAGGCCUGGCUCUUUUUUACUAAAAAACGCUCAAUUACCUACAGGAACAUAUAACAGGAAGUAUCAUUUUUAGCAGCAGGAACACACGUGCAAAGGUCAGUUUCGAAAUCACAGUGUCAUACCACAAAGAAAUCUUUGCAAAAAUAUAACCCUCUUCAUAAACAUGCUGCCAUUGGGUGUCUGUGAGUAUUCUAAAGAAUCAAUUGAAAAAUAUGGUCAUUAAACUGUCACGUGACCAUGUUUUAGGACAAUUUCCGGAAAGCAUCAAUUUCGUCAUAAUGCUUAUAUAUGUUUGAUUAAAAUGAAAAAUGCUGAGUAAUUGCCUUUAAUUACCCUUUAAGUAAAAAGAGUUAUGUUUUUAAGAAAAAUCUCUUUUUUGAAGAGUUGAUGCUUUUGACACUUAUUUCUUGAAAGUAAUGUUAUAAAUGCUCUGUAUA